ACCGUCAGCUCUGUGUCAGCUGACCGAUGUCGUGGAAGGAAGAGUGACGUCACCGCGGAAAUGGCUGCCGAGAGCGAUGUCCUGUCUGAAAUCGAAGUGCUGCAGUCCAUCUACUUGGAUGAGCUCAGUGUUGAUCAGAGAGAUGAGGGAGGGUGGACAGUCAGUCUGGUGCUCUAUCCCUCCACUGCGGAGGACUGUCUGUCUCAGUUUGUCCGUCUUACUUUGACAAUGGAUCUGGACUCUCAGUACCCAUAUUCAUCCCCUGGCAUCUCUAUUCACAAUCCACGUGGACUCUCGGAUGAUAAACUACUCAGUUUACGGAGGAGUUUGCAGACGGAGGCAGAGUCAUGUAUCGGGACACCUGUACUGUAUCAGCUCAUAGAGAGAGCCAAAGAGAUCCUGACCGAGAGCAAUAUUCCCCAUGGAAACUGUGUCAUCUGUCUGUAUGGCUUUAAGGAAGGGGAAGUGUUCACUAAGACCAGCUGCUAUCACUAUUUCCAUUCUCACUGUCUCGGCCGCUACAUCGCUCACUCUGAGAUGGAGCUGAAGGACCGUGAGAGGGAGCUGGAGGAGGACAAAACCAGAGACAGGACGGAGGAACAGGAGUUAGCUGUUGUUUGCCCCGUGUGUCGAGAGCCUCUCACCUAUGAUCUGGAUGCCCUAGUUUCCUCUCCUGCUCCAGUUUUCACACAGCAGGACGAUGCAGUCAUGGGUGGGGAAUUUAAAAAGAAGUGGGCAGCACUCCAGAAGGUUCUGGAACGGCAGAAGGAAAAGGGCGGAGUUAUUGAUCCCGAAGCAGAGUCCAAUAGAUUCCUAAUUCACAUUAAUGAGGCUCCAGCUAAUGUUUCUGACACUCCUGCAACGGAGGAUGCCUCCAUUGCCGAAUCUUCUCAGUCAGUCCCUUCCUUGUCCCAAGAUUCCACCGAUGCAACCCAAGCCUCUCAAAGUCAUCACACUACAGGCCAAUCACAGCGCCUGGGCACUCAUGAGAGAAGGCAGCAAGGUGACUUCAAGAGAGGUCGUAGAGGAAGAGGAGGCGGAAGAGGGGGAUCAGCACGUCACACGAUGACUACACCUGGGGUAGAACGACUGGGCAGGCUCAUGCAUUCUUCUGUUAAGAUUAAUCAUGUCAACUCCGGCCCACUGAACCCCACACCGCGGGGAGAAAGUACAGCACAAGGACAGGAAUGUGAACUCAGUGAUAAAAUAACACAGCCUUUGACCAAUGAAGAAGAAAAAAAUAUUUCUCAAGUGAAGUUUACGUCAGAAUCCAACAGUGGACAAGAGCUGAGUCAACAAAACGUGUGUAUUUCAAAAGAUGUGACUCAGACAAUCUUACAGGAAGGACGCCCAGAAAGGGAACACGUGGGUCGAGGAUGGAGGCGUGGCGGUCGUAGCUCCGGACGACAACAUGGACACUGGCAGGAGAGGAACUUCAAGGGACCCAGUCACUGGGAUACUUCUGGGAGUGUUUGCCACCGUGGAGGAGGACAACGAGCCCGAGAGGGAGGGGCUGGGCAUCAUCACAGAGGGGGCGGGGCUUAUAGGGGUGGCGGCAGAGGUUUGCAUCAGAGAGUGGAAAAAGAAUUUAGGAAGGAGGGAGUGCUCUGACAAUGGGAGAGGGGAGGUACAGGCAGAGGAACAAGCGUACCUCCCAGUUUCACCAGCUGUACCAUCAUUAUGUCCAUGUCUAUAAUAAAGUUGUCCACAAGCAGUAAA